CCAACCGAUGGGCGCGUCAGUGUGUGGGCGUGGCGAUUGCAAGCUUCUCUUUUCCCUGUCAUUCGGUUUCCGGCCGGUCUCAGAGGGGAGCUCAGUUGUGCGAAGCAGCUCGUAGCACCGCAGCCAUGGGGAACAGUGUGGCCCGAGAGGACUUCGAAUGGGUUUACACCGACCAGCCUCAUGCGGACAGGAGGAAGGAGAUCCUGGCCAAAUAUCCGGAGAUUAAAUCCCUAAUGAAACCAGAUUACAACUUGAUUUGGAUUGUGUCCCUGAUGGUCCUCACCCAGCUGGUAGCUUUUUACCUGGUGAAAGAUUUGGACUGGAAGUGGCUUCUGUUCUGGACUUAUGCGGUUGGCAGCUGUAUUAGCCACUCUAUGACCUUGGCCAUCCAUGAGAUCUCUCACAACAGUGCCUUCGGUAACGGCAAAGCCAUGUGGAAUAGGUGUUUCGGCAUGUUCGCUAAUCUUCCCCUUGGUUUACCCUACUCCAUAUCCUUCAAGAGGUACCAUAUGGAUCAUCACCGCUACCUGGGAGGGGAUGGUGUUGACGUGGAUAUCCCCACAGACUUUGAGGGCUGGUUUUUCUGCACUCCAUUGAGGAAGCUUGUGUGGAUUAUACUCCAGCCCCUCUUCUACACCAUCCGUCCCUUGUGUAUCAACCCCAAGCCCAUCACCCGGCUGGAGAUCAUCAACCUGGUUGUGCAGUUCUCUUUUGAUGCCCUCAUUUAUAAUACCUUGGGAGGGAAAGCUUUAUUUUACAUGCUUGUAGGCUCCAUCCUUGGCCUAGGACUCCACCCUAUCUCUGGGCACUUUAUAGCUGAGCAUUACAUGUUCUUAAAGGGCCAUGAGACCUACUCUUAUUAUGGACCUUUAAACUACCUGACCUUUAAUGUUGGCUACCACAAUGAACACCAUGACUUUCCUAGUGUCCCAGGGAAGAACCUGCCAUUGGUGCGGAAAAUCGCAGCUGAAUAUUACGACCCGUUACCGAAGUACAACUCCUGGGUCAAGGUUCUCUACGAUUUUGUGAUGGAUGAUACUCUAAGCCCCUACUCCCGUAUGAAGCGGAAACUGAAAGGAGACCUUAAACUAGAAUAAAGUUAGUGUUGAACGGGGCACAUCAGAGCUUGGAAGGCUUUCUAACCUGGGAAACAAGAACGACCCUUAAUGACCAAAGAGUUGGAAACCCUUCCAGUUUUAUACUGUAGUUGUUUCCUAGUCUAGUAGAUCUUCCAAUGCUGCAUAAGGCGGGGCCCUUCCCACCAUUAUGUUUUUUUUCCAGAGCACCUUGCUGUUUGGUAGCUUAUUUAAUGCACACAUGUACUGACCAGCACCAUGCCAAAAAUAGGCAACAAAGUGCACCCCAC